AUGUUAUAGCAACCUGACAUUUAAAGACAUUUAGAAUUGAUAGAUGAGGAAUCUGAUAUCAGUUCGAUUGAGAAUACUUUAGAAGAAAUUUCAAUUGAUGCUCAAGCAUGCUUAAAUUAAAAACAAAUAUGUAUUAAUAAUACUGAAAUAUAUUUUCCUCAUUAAAAACCAUAUGAAGAAUAAUUAAAUUAUAUGCAGAAAGUUAUAAGUAUAUUGGAUAAUAGCGGAAAUGGAUUGUAUAAUAAUUUAUAUUUAUUUUAAGAUUAGAAUCACCAACAGGAACUGGUAAAACUUUAUCUUUGUUAUGUGCUUCCUUAGGAUGGCUUAAUAAAAAUAGAAAAACUUAAAUUAAUUCAAAUAUUCCAACUAAAAUAAAAAUUAUUUAUGCCUCAAGAACUCAUUCUUAAUUGAAAUAAGUUGCCUAAGAAUUGUAGAAUUCUGUUUAUAGACCAAAUAUUUCUAUUCUGGGUUCAAGAGAUUAAUAUUGUUUAAGAGAAGAUUUUUAAAUUUAUUCAGGUAAUGAUUUAAAAUAAAGAUGUUGUAAUCUUAUUAAAGCUAAAAAAUGUGAAUUUUUUGAUAAAGAAAUUUUACAUAAAGUGGCUAAGUCUAGUUAAAAGAGGAUAUGUAAUUUAGAGGAAUCCAAAUAAUUUGGGCUUGAUUAGAAAUUUUGUCCUUACUUCUUGGAAAAAAGUAAAACUGAGCUAGCAGAUUUAAUAUUACUUCCUUAUAACUACUUAUUAAACAAUAACUAAAAUAAAGUUCUUGAUCUUAAUAACUCUAUUAUUAUUUUUGAUGAAGCUCACAAUGUUCCAAAAUGUGCUGAAGAAGGAGGAUAGUUUGAAAUUAGUGAAGCAAUUAUUUAAAAAGCAAAAAAUGAGUUAGAAUUUGAAAUGUAAGAUUUUGUUAUAAAUCCUGAAAACUUAAAAGAUCUAUAAGCAAUAAUUUCCAAAUAGAAUUAUUAAGGAAACUUAUUUAAUAAUUUGAAGAGUGAAAAAAUAUUUAAUAAUAUUUUGGAGGCAUUAGAACAGUUUUUAUCGGAUUUUAGUAAGUUUAAAAACUAUUUUAAUUCACAAAACAAGAAUGACUCAGAUAAUCAAGAUUAAAUUUAAGUUUUAGAGGAAUCUAUUAUAGAUUAGAUUUUUUACAGCACUGAUAGAUAAAUUAAUUUUUAAAACAUCCUAGAUUAUAUGUAGGAUUGCUUUAUUUUAACAAAAUAUUUUAGAUUAAAGAAUAAGUUAACACCUAAUUUUCAAUCUUGGAUUACAUUCAUAGUUAAAAUUUACAAUAUAAAGAAAUUUGAUAAACAAAAAAUUUUUAAUUCUUAUAGACUAGUAUUAAAAAAGUCUAAAAAUUAAAAAUUAUCAAUAGAAAUGUGGUGUUUAGAUCCAUCUUUGAUCUUUAACAUAAUUAGAAAAAAAUAUAAAAUUCAUUCAAUAAUUUUAACUUCAGGUACUUUAUCUCCAUUAAAUUCAUGGGAAAGUGAAUUAUAAAUUAAAUUUAAUGAGUAAGUGGCAAUCGACCAUGUCAUAAACGUAUAGAAAAAUGUUAGAGUUUAUUUACAUUAAUAUUACAAUUUUUCUAAAAAAUAUAGAGAAGACAAAGAUUAAAUUAAACAAAUAGGUAAUCAAUUAAUUAAAUUUUCAAAUAUAAUUCCAGGGGGAAUUUUAGUGAUAUUUCCUUCAUACGACAUGAUGAAUAAUUUCAAAAUUAUAUGGGAAAGAAACAAUAUAAUCAAGUAGUUAAACAAUUAGAAGAAAUGCUUUUGGGAAGAAAAAGGAAAAAAUGAAUUAAGAAAUUUUUAAUAAUCGAAUCAAGCAAUAUUGUUUGCUAUUCACAGAGGUAAAGUUUCUGAAGGGAUUAAUUUUUCUGAUGAUUUAUGCAGAGCAUUAUUUUUAAUUGGUGUGCCAUUUCUUUAUAAAAAAGAACUAAGGAUCGAACAAAAAAUGCAAUUCUUAAAUAAAUAAAAUUAUAAGGAUUUGAAUAGUGAAUAAUGGUAUAAUUAGCAAGCGAUUAGAGCUACAAAUUAAGCUUUAGGGAGAGUUAUACGUCAUAUUAAUGAUUUUGGGUAUAUUUGCUUUUUAUUUUAGAAUUAUAUAUUUAUGCGAUCAAAGAUAUUCUUGUAAAUAAAUAAAAUCUGGAUUAUCUAAAUGGGUUUGUUAAGCAUUAGAAUAUUGGAAUGAUGAUGUUUUUCAGAAAACUAAAGAUUUUUUUUAAAUGAAAAGGGAGCUUCCUGUAUCAAUUUUAAUAUUUUAGAUUCCAAAUUAAAAUAACUCAAUUGUGCAAUAAAACACAAGUAUAGAUAUUGAAGAAUCUAUAAGAUAGAGAUAAAACGAAAGUGAGACUAAAGAUCACGAAGCUUAGGCAAGUGAAAAUUUAAUUUUGAUAGAAUAUCAAAACCAAAAAAAAAUUUAGUUGAUUAUAAGAAAACCAAUAAAAAAACACGAUAAAAAAUGA